UCAUCACUGUUAUAUUUCAAGCCUGAAGAACACUAUAUCCAGCUCAUGUAUAAACUGCAUGUGAGGUAUCAUUGGAAAGAGUAAUAGCUAGAUUAUAGAAUAGAGAGCAUACUGAAAUCUUUUUAAGACCUACCUGGCAAUCCCUCAUCACAUAGGACAACAUGCAGGGCAAACUAAUAUUUUCAGCCAAAUUGGUGCGAGGGGGGGGGCUGAAAAUUUUCAUGACAGUCCUACAUCAAGCCCUAUACCUGCGGCAGCAUUAUAUUUGUACAUGUAUUGCUGUUCGACUGUUCCUGAUCCAGAAUCAACAAUGAAUCUGAUAAAAAUGUCAUGCAUCCAUAAUUUGACACGCAUACAUGCGACAUGCAUACAUGCACAUGUACCUAUAGAUAUAUAUAAUAAUAGUGAUCAAAAUUAUUACCACACAAGAAUCUAUACCUUUGAAUUUGACAUGCAUGUAGCAAAGCCUUCAGUUAAGUUUACUGUUGUUUGUGUAUUAGCAUUGGUGGCUCUUUUCACUGUGAGCUAUUUGACCAGUCAUCAUUUACUAGUAGUCUCUUUUGCCAAGUCUAGCGGCACAGUGGUCAGUCACAGGAACACUCUGUACAGCUAUACUGGAUCUAUGAUGUACAACUCUUCAAAGAGACAGGAGAGGAAUAUUAGCACAAUGGUGGUUAGGAGUGUCAUCCACGAAGGAAACAUGACUGUGGCAGAGAGAUCAAAGUUUCAGCGGGACCAAGUGGAAAAAUUCUGUGCCAAGUACAAUUUAAGCAGCCCUUUGAAAUUAACGAAUUCUCAUACAGUUCAUCGUCAUUUGCUACUAUACCGUGAUGCCCAAACAUUGCUUUGCUUUACACCCAAGGUUGGGUGCACCAAUCUCAAAGUGCUGUACUUUGUUGCCCAAGGGCUGUUACCACCAGAACUUAUUGACACCUCAUCAUACGAGCGAGUGAGUAACAACCUUAUCAAAGAAGUGGUUGCCUCCAACUCCCUGACUGACCUACCCAAAGAAACAAGUGACAAACUCAUUAAGGAUUACUACAAGUUUGUGAUGUACCGACACCCACUGGAGCGAUUAGUCAGUGCUUAUAGGAGCAAAGUACACAAUAAUUCAUUGAGCGGUAUCGAUGAUGAACAACCACACUACAACUGGCUAAAAAAGAGGAUAUACAAACACACUCAUCCUGAAGAGUAUAAGGAAUGGUUCAAAGGAAACGGAUCACACGAUGUGGAUAUUUCCUUCCGAGAUUUUAUUGUGUACUGGACCGAGAAUGACGAUUAUCGGACAAAUCAUGAUGAGCACUUGAUGCCAAUAUUUGACCUCUGUGCACCUUGUAGUGUCAGAUACGAUUAUUACGGGAAUUUUGACACAUUUUAUCAAGAUGCAAGAGUACUUGUUGAACAGAUUGGAACGAAUAUGGCAUACCUAAGACAUGGCUACCACAAAGAAGACCAUAAUCAAACAUCGUUCAUUGCACUAAACCUUUAUAUGGAAUUGAGUGACAAUCAAAAAUCAGUUGUUUUAGAACGACUUUCUCAAGACAUCGAUUUUUACUAUCACCUUUUUCCAUACAAAAGAGACAGUCACAAAUUCAUUCUUGGUACCACAAACAAUUGACGGCACAUUAAUUGGCUGUAUGCAUGUAAUACAAUUAAAUUUAUAUAAUUAUGUACAUGCUUUUUAUGACCCAUGCAUGAUUAUACUGACACAUGUAGUCCACAAGAGACCUGUUUUAUGCACAUCAGUCAGAAAAGGGAGUUUAUGACAGUAUAAUUA